AUGCCUGGACUCUGGAAAAGCAAGCAGGCGCCGGAGACGGCGCCGGAUGCGGGCCCCUGGUGGUGCCCUGAGGCGACGCACCCGAAGGCCCAGAUCAAGGCGUGGAAGAAGCGCUGGGCCCAGCACCCGAGCGGAGUCGCGCGGCGGCACGGGCCGUGCGUGAAGUUGGCCGAGGACAUCAUUUCGGGGACGUCGUCGCGGGAGGAAAUCAGCGACUUCGACGUGCCGGGUCCGGUGUGGGCGAGCCGCGACAACGAGCUCGCUGCUCUUCUGGAGGCCGCGGCAUGUCCGCGCGCUCGGGUGCGGCGCGUCGUGAUCGGGUCGAGCGUCACGAACGUGACGCGCGCCGUGGGCGGCGCGAUCGGCGGGCUGCUCGAGCACGGCGCGGCGCCCGUCGCGGAGGUUCGCCUCAGCGGCUGCGUUCUCGAGGCAGGGGCGGUGUCGGCCAUCGCGGCUGGCGCUGCGAGCUCUGCGUCGAAGUUGCGCGAGCUCAGCGUGCACGCGCCAUGCGCGCUUUGCGACGCGGAUCUCGCCGCGAUCUCCGGCGCGGUCGGCUCGCUGCGAGUCCUCAAAUUAUACAUCGACGGGCCGAGCGAGGCGGCGGUGCUGGGGCUCGCGCGCGCGCUCGCAGCGAGCCCGCGCCUGGAGGAGGUGUCGUUGGACCGCCCGCCCGCGCCCGCCGACGCGGCGCAAAUGGACCGGCAGCUGGACGACAUCUGCGCGGCGUUGUGUGGGGGGCCGCGCGCGCCGGCGCAGGGGCGCUCGUUCGGAUAUGAGCUCGCGGGAGCCCUGGCAGACCUCAUCGACAGAACUCAAACACUCGCAAGUCUGCACAUCGGUGGGUUCGGCAUCGGGAACGACGGCGCAGAGCUGAUCGCGGGCGCCGUGGCGCGCAGCACCACUCUCAGGCACCUCAACCUGCAAGACAACGCAAUCGGCGACCAGGGCGCGAAGCACUUUUGGACAGCUCUGGGCGCGGGCGCGCAGCUCGAGUCGCUAGACCUGUCGUCCGCGGGCGUGGAGUGGGACGGCGUGAACAAGGUGGAGGAGCUCAGCACGGAGACCGUCGUCAGCCUGAUGCAGAGCGCGCGCCUGAAGUUCCUAGGCCUCCGGGGGAGUCGUGUGUCCCUGUCUGACACGUUGCAGAAAGUGUGCCCGCUGCUGGAACACUGCCCCGACCUCGUCGUCUCCCUUCUGGACAAGGAUACGGCCAUGGACGGCGCUGAAGAGACCACCGGCUUCUGGGCCCUCGUGGACUCCGGGGCGAUGCCGUUCGCACAAGACACAAGCGCACGCAGGCGGUUGUGCCUGGACCGUCCGCCCGCAGCGCAGCAAGCGCGGCCCUCGCAGCCCCAACCGGACUACGCGAGCAUGGACUUCGGGGAGCUCGUCGCGCAGGGGCUGGAUCCGUCCAUGUUCAGCCCCGAGAACCAGGCAGCGUUUGCAGGGGGUGAUCGCUAUGGCGGUCGGCCGCAGCUCCGGGUCCAGUACCACGACACCCCGAUGGGAGAGCUAGGCGGCAUGGUGCUGCUGGGGGCCGCCGCUGGGGCGAAGGCGCUGUGGCAGGCAGGGGCCGAGAAGCUUCGCGCUGCCCGGGCACACAGGAAGUGA